CCUAUCACUCCCCCAUCGCGUCACGGUCCGGCCCUGACCUCCAAGAUCCAUCCAUGGCGGACGCCGCGACGCUCUCCUGCCUGCCCAUCUCGCUUGCCACGGCCCUCUUCGUCCUCCUCCUGCUCCUCGGGAGCCUCAGGAAGAGCAGGCGUGAGCGCAGCCUCCGGCUGCCGCCGAGCCCGCCGUCCCUGCCGGUCAUCGGCCACCUGCACCUCUUCAAGAAGCCGCUCCACCGCGCGCUGGCCAACCUCGCCGCGGCGCACGGUCCGGUGCUCCUCCUCCGCUUCGGCUCCCGCCGCGUGCUCCACGUCGCCGACCCGGCCGCCGCCGAGGAGUGCCUCACGGCCCACGACGUCGUCUUCGCCAACCGGCCCCGGCUCCCCUCCGCGCGCCACCUCUCCAACGGCUACACCACGCUCGGCUCCUCCAGCUACGGCGCCAACUGGCGCAACCUCCGCCGCAUCGCCACCGUCGAGGUGCUCUCCGCGGGCAGCCUCCUCCGCUCCGCGGCCGUCCGCGCCGACGAGGUCCGCCUCGCCGUGCGCCAGCUCUUCCUUGAGGCCGCCGACGGGGCGUCGGAGCGGAGCCCCGCGCGCGCCGACGUGAAGGCGCGGGCGUUUGAGCUGGCGCUGAACGUGGUGGUGCGGAUGAUCGCCGGCAAGCGCUACUACGGCGGCGACGGGGACGUGCCGGAGUCGGAGGCGGAGGAGGCCGCCAGGUUCCGGGAGAUGGUGCGCGAGUACUUCGCGAUACACGGCGCGUCCAACCUGCAGGACUUCCUGCCGAUGCUCGGCGUGCUGGACAUCGGCGGUGCCAACCGGCGGGCGGUGCGGCUGUCCCGGAAGCGCAACGAAUGGGCGCAGCGGCUCAUCGACGAUCACUGUGCUGCUGCUAAUGUCGACGGCGAGGGGAGGAAGGGCCGCGGCGGCGGCAGGACGAUGGUGGGCGACCUGCUGGACAUGCAGGCGGCCAAUCCGGAGGCGUACAGCGACAAGGUCAUCAGAGCGCUCUGCCUGAGCAUCCUUCAAGCCGGCACGGACACUUCGGCGAGCACCAUAGAAUGGAGCAUGGCGGAGCUGCUGAACCACCCGGACGCCAUGGCGAAGGCGAGGGCGGAGCUCGACGAGGUCGUCGGCACGGGGCGCCUCCUCGAGGAAGCCGACCUUCCCAGCCUGCCCUACCUCCAGUGCAUCAUCAAGGAGGCCCUCCGGCUGCACCCGAUCGCCCCGCUCCUCGCCCCGCACGAGUCCUCCGCCGCCUGCUCCGUUGCAGGCUACGACAUCCCGGCGGGAACCAUGCUCCUCGUCAACGUGCACACGAUGCACAGGGAUGCAAGAGUGUGGGAGGAGCCGACAAGGUUCUCGCCGGAGAGGUUUGAAGGCGGCAGGGGCGAGGGGAAGUGGAUGCUGCCAUUCGGAAUGGGGCGGAGAGGGUGCCCCGGCGAGGCGCUCGGCAUGAAGAUGGUCGGGCUCGCGCUGGGCACGCUGGUGCAGUGCUUCGAGUGGAGGAGGGUCGGCGAGGAGGAGGUUGACAUGGCGGAAGGAUCAGGGCUGACCAUGCCCAUGGCUGUACCUUUGGAGGCCUUGUACUGGCCUCGUGCAGAGAUGACACCGGUGCUAAGGGCACUCUAGAAAUGGAACAGCAGUUGUUCAUUUUUUUGAGAAAAUUCACUAAUAAAAAAGCAAUUUCGGGAGGAAAGUUACAAAAUUA